AGAGAAACAGAGGUUCUGUUAUUGCAACGACCUACGUCAUAUAUUCAAAUUAAAUUAAAAUUAAAAAAAAAAAUUAGAGCCACUCGAUUUUGGAUAGACUCAUUGAAUGACACACACAUGAUUGUGUAAAAAGCCAUUAGAGACUCUCUCUCUCGACAAUGGCGACGAAGCUGUUUUCUCCGUCGCUGUCUUGUCCAUGGGUGACUUCAAGAGAUGUAGUAAUCAAAGGGAGGAGACGUGACUUUGUCACGAAACGAAACAGAGUCUCCCCUGUCACCGCCAUGGUUGUGGAGCCUCUCAGUGCUGUUUCUUCAUCGGCGGUUCAGAUUCAUCAAUGGUGGGAACAGAACCCUAGUUCGUUGCUGUUUAUGGCGGAGACUGGUGGUGGUUACUCGUUGGCUAGCUAUUAUACGUCGUUGGGUUUGUUCGUUAUUUCAGUUCCGGGUCUUUGGUCUCUCAUCAAACGCUCCGUUAAAUCAAAGAUAGUGAGGAAGACGUUCGUUGUUGGAGAAGGAGAAGGAGUCAAGAAGGAGCCAAAGCAAGUUGCUGGAGAGAUUCUCUCUUUCUUCACUAGGAAGAACUUUAACAUCACUGAUCGUGGAGAAACGAUCACUUUUGAAGGAACAAUGGUUCCCAGUAGAGGACAAGCUGCUCUGCUCACGUUUUGUACAUGUAUAAGUUUAGCAAGUGUGGGUCUUGUCUUAACCAUUACUGUGCCUGAUUUUGGAAACAAUUGGUUCUUCAUUACCAUUCUUAGUCCACUCGCAGGAGCGUAUUACUGGAAGAAGGCGUCGAGGAAAGAGGAGAUAAAGGUGAAGAUGAUGGUGGGAGAAAACGGUAAAUUGAAUGAGAUUGUGGUUCAAGGAGAUGAUGUACAGGUUGAAGAAAUGAGGAAGGACCUUCAGUUUAGUGAGAAAGGCAUGGUUUAUGUUAAAGGUCUCUUUGAGAGAUCAUGAACACAGACACUCAAAUCCCAUUUUUGCAUUUCUUAUUUUUGGGAGAGAAUUGUUGAUAUAACUGUUCAAAUAUGAGUUUAAAUGACCAUUUGACUCAUUUUCAUAGUCCAUACUUCAUACUAAACUAAUUGGAUUUAUAUCAGAAAUCUAUAUUAUUGUGUCAUCA